AUGCUACCCACCUUACAACAGAAGCUUCGGAUCUGGACAAUUCGCGAGUCUAGGGCUCAACACGAUGCACAGGCAACAUCUGGGCUUGACGUGCCCGUGGCAGACCCAGCAGGGGUCCGGCAACCACCCGAAGUCGUCCCUGAGGAAUUCCACCGGCAUCAGGUCGGCCAUAGAGAUUCGUCUCCCACGGAUCCCGAUCCUCCAUCCAUUGACCAAAGUCAGGAUCGGCCCGUUACCGAAGCCAGGGGACCGAACUUUGACGUCGCAGAAGCUCUCCUUCGUAGCCUAGACGGCAGAGUCGGUGCCCCUACAAACCUUGCGAACGAAGCCGCGCAAGGAGAUUCCGCUUUUGCCCUGGAUACACCAGCAAUCCUAGCGGAUUUCGUCAAGCAGGUCCAGCAACGGGACGUACUAUACCCCGGAAAGCUGUCGCUGACAACCGGGACGGAUGGCGGAGCGAAGAAGGCACAACACCACUGGGAGGUUGACCCCAGUGGGACCUUACGCAGGAGUGGGAAAGUUUAG